AUGGCUCAUCAUCGAAUUAAUGACAUAAACUCAACUAAUGUUCUUCAAUGUCCACUUCAUGAUUAUGGUUGUACUGAUUCAUUUCCACGAAAUCAAUUAUCUCAACAUUAUUUAAGUGAAGUACAUUUAAAAAGUAUUAUUAAAUUUAUUUGUGCAAAACAAAUUAAUUAUGAAUCUGCUCUAAUUGAUCUUACAAUUAACCCAAAAGAAAUUGAUGGGCUUUUAUCUUCAAGGCAUAAUCAGAUAAAUAAUUAUUCACAAUUCAUUGAACGACUAAAUACUGUUGUAAUUGAAACUCUUCAAUCAUCAAAUACAACAGAUAUUGUUUCAAAUACUUUACCAAAUAUAAAUCAAAUAUCUCGUUCGAUUUCAUCUCCAACAAGAGACUUGAUCAUAGAUAUGGAUAGAAGUUUAAAUUGUACUUUUGACUUACGAUCACAUCAACAACUAAAUCAAAUAAAUGAUAUGCAAAUGAAUCAAAUUUUAAGUCAAAUCGAUUCAUCAUCUAAUAUCAACGAAAUAAAUCAUCAUACAGAACAAAAUGAACAACACCAAGAUUCAUCACUUAUCAAUGAAAAUAACAAUAUACAAUUUUAUAUGGAUUUAAAUAACAUACUUCAAAUUCAAUUAGAAAAUACACCUGUUUCAACAGAUGGUAUUCUCAUCUGGCGUGUUGAUGAAAUAUUCAAAAAAAUUGACGAUGCUAUUUGUAAGAAACAACUAUUUAUUAAUUCACAUCUAUUUCAAACAUCGAGGAAUGGUCAUCGAUUAUGGGCUCGUAUUUAUCUCAAUGGAAAAAUGAACCCUAACUUUAUAUCAUUUCAUGUUCAUCUGAAUUUUCCAGUCUGUAAUACUUUUACGGGUUACGUUAAGUUCAUUUUGGUUGAUCAAAGUACUAAUAAUCCGUUACAACAUAUUAUAAAAUGUUGUUCGGCAAAAAUGAAUAAUGUUAAUGAUUGCAUUGGAUUUGAUGAUUUUAUUGAUAAAAAUCUACUUUAUAAAGAAUCAAAUCCAUAUAUUUAUAAUGAUUCACUUUAUUUCAUUGUCUAUGUUGAACAAACAAAUCAAGAAAAAUUUAAUCAUCUUUCAUCAAAUGUUAAAGAUGCAUUAUUUCAAAGUUGCUCGGCACAUUAA